AUGGAAUUUGAAGAUGGCAGAAUCUACAUCGUCGAACUCCCAUCUGGCGUCCAUGAUGGCUGUGGUGAAUUGUUCAAGGUGGAAAUGCUCGAGCCCGAUUGCAGUUUUGGUCCUGCUCCUGAUAUUGGUGCAAUUUGUCCUGGUGGUAUGACUUGGAUCGAAUAUCACACAUUGAAGGUGAAAGUGGAUGUCUCACGAGGAUGGUCGUAUUUGAAUCGGAAAGCGGAUCAGUGA